AUGAAAGGUUGGAAACGUCCUGACAGGUUGAGUCUCCUUGAAUCGGGGAGGUCUUGGGGAAUCCUCAUUCGUGGCGGAGGAUAUACGGACCAUGGUAGUUCAUAUAAGGAUGAAAAGUGGGGCGACCCAUCACAGGUGGAAAACUUUGGGAAGAGUAUGGUAUUCGAUCCCCUAAAGAAGGUGGUGCAUUAUAAGGCUGAUAAAAUUGGGCGGGCUGUUGAGCGCCAAAAUAAUGAGAAAAAUUACAUUUCGAGCCCUUUAAGCAGUGGCCUGUUCUACGCAAGGAAGGACACGCUACUAAAUGCUUACGAGUUGGGGCACGCAAUCAUAAUCAUAAUCAAGUUACAGCAGGCAAUGGAUAUUCAUCAAGUAGUUAGUAACAGCGUUGUUGCAUGUUCUAUUCUGUUGCUGUUGAGUUGUUGUACCUGAUGUUUUUUAUGUUGCUGUUGCGGUUGUUGUACAUGUUGCUACUGGUGUGGUGCUGUUUUGGUGGAUGUUGUUGUUGUUGCUAUUCUUGCUGUUGUUGCUGUUGCUGCCGCUUUGUUAUAAUUCGGUAUUUUGUCGUUCAACUGCAUGCUGCUGCAAAUGUUGAUGCUGCUUAGUUGUUAUGUUGAUGCUGCUAGCAUGUUGGUUGCUGUCGUUGUCACUCAAAUCAACGGUAAUUAUGUAAAAUUUUGUUUACAGACGGAGAUACCCAGUGCUUGAAUGACAAGUUGGUCGUUGCGGACAGCACUGGAUUUGGCUACGCAAAGUGUGGUACAUUCUUUGUCUACUGCCCGGAAACCUACAAUACUGGUAAUGUCUCAUUUCAUUUCACAACUGAUGUGAAUGGCUAUGGAAGCCGAUUUAUAUUGACCUACGAAAUCAAGGACAAAUCUGCCUCAAGUAAGUACGAUCAAUGA